UAGGAGGAGGAUUUUUUUACUUCACUCACUUCUCCUGAAGGAUGAGAUCCCUGAAACACCUCAAACAUCACUCCAGGAACAAUGUGGAGGAGGAAAGCAGUCACUUGGUGCGGACCUACCCAAAGAUGACGGAGGGUCACAUGGACGUGAGCACACAGACUGAACCUGUGGUUGUACUGUCUCUGGCUCAGGCUGCUGUUCUUGGUCUCAUCUCCCAGAAUGAAAUAUUUGGAGCCACUAUUGCCCCAAAUGGCUUUUACACAGGGGAGUCCAGGGAGUGUCCCCCUCCUCCGACUGAGCCUGUUGAAUAUGAGUACGCUGACCAGCUCAUAGGGGCCAAUGGAGACUACUUGGCUGAGCCUGCUGGGGAGUUGGAGCCCCAGAACCAGUGCAGUGAGAAAAGGCGGCCCGGGCCCCGUGGGAGGAUAAAAAGGCCGAGGACUGAUGAAGACCCUGAUGCUCAAUUACAUACAGCACCAGCUCAGGUGAAAGGGGAAAGAUCUGAGUCGGAAACUCCUCCAUCAUGUGUUCACAUGAACAGCAGGCAUCAUUCUGGAAAGCCGGAGGAUCAAGCCGUCCAACAAAGUUCCCUGAAAGAAGAACGAGUCUGUGGAAACUGUAUCUCAUGUGUGAGAGAGACAUCCAGACCUCAGUCUGACGGACCACCAGAGCAGGAACAAGAGGAGGGUGCAGGUAGGGAGGCAGACAAGAAAGAAGAGAAGCUGGUGGUUGAAGAAGAACAGGAAGAAGAAGCUCUAAACCUCAAGACAACUGCAGAAUCCAGCAGUCCUGUGGAGAACAGUUUUUAUGAUUCAAAUGAAGUGGCCUAUGAGUCCUCCUCUGACAUGCAGAUGCCAGGAGAGUAUGAGGAGAGUGGGCAGGCCAUGCUCUGGUCCGACCCAGAGGGCCUCGCCAGACGAAUGCAAAUCGACCGUCUGGACAUCAACGUGCAGAUUGAUGAGUCGUACUGCGUGGAUGUGGGAGAGGGGCUGAAACGCUGGAAGUGUCGCAUGUGUGAGAAAUCCUACACUUCAAAGUAUAAUCUCGUCACACACAUAUUGGGCCAUAAUGGAAUUAAGCCUCAUGAAUGUCUGCACUGUGGGAAGCUUUUCAAGCAGCCAAGCCACCUCCAGACUCACCUGCUGACCCAUCAAGGGACUCGGCCUCACAAGUGCACUGUUUGCGAGAAAGCUUUCACGCAGACCAGCCACCUGAAGAGGCACAUGCUGCAGCACACGGAUGUUAAGCCGUACAGCUGCCGCUUCUGCGGCCGCGGCUUCGCCUACCCCAGCGAGCUGAGGACCCACGAGAGCAAACAUGAGAACGGCCAGUGCCACGUCUGCACCCACUGCGGUCUGGAGUUCCCCACCUACGCCCAUCUGAAGAGACACUUAACCAGCCAUCAGGGCCCUACCACGUACCAGUGCACUGAGUGCCAAAAGUCCUUUGCCUACCGCAGCCAGCUGCAGAACCACCUGAUGAAGCACCAGAACGUGCGGCCUUAUGUUUGUCCGGAGUGUGGCAUGGAGUUUGUCCAGAUCCAUCACCUUCGACAACACGCCCUCACUCACAAGGGCAUGAAGGAAUUUAAGUGUGACGUCUGCGCCAGAGAGUUCACCCUGUCUGCCAACCUGAAGCGACACAUGUUGAUCCACGCCAGCGUGAGGCCCUUCCAGUGCCACGUUUGCUUCAAGACCUUUGUCCAGAAGCAGACCUUGAAGACGCACAUGAUUGUCCACCUUCCAGUGAAGCCUUUCAAAUGCAAGGUGUGUGGGAAGUCGUUCAACAGAAUGUAUAACCUCCUCGGUCACAUGCACCUCCAUGCUGGCAGCAAGCCCUUCAAGUGCCCUUACUGCACCAGCAAGUUUAACCUGAAGGGCAACCUGAGCAGACACAUGAAGGUUAAACACGGCAUCAUGGACACCACGAUGGAUGGACACGAACCCCCCCAAGAGGCGGAAGGACACGAGGACUACGAAGAAGAAAGCCUGGAGUUCAGCGAGCGGGAAAACCGAGCAAACAACAACAACACACCAGACGUGGCUAAACUAUCUCAAAUGGAGUACUACGGGAAGAGUGCAGGGCGCUUCAGCACUGCAUGAAAUACCAAAAUUUCCUCAAACUCAAAUUGAGAAGUGUGAACCAAGAAAAUGUUUCAUUUUGUUCUGCUGUCAAAGGUAGAGCUCGGAUUCCUCCUAAAGGAUGCAAGGAGGGCCAGCAAACUGCACAUCAUUAUGCACUGGAAUAAAUAAAAAAAAACAAAAGAAAAUGUACAAAUUUUAUCUAAUUCCUAUUUUCAUCAAAAACAAGGAAAACUUGCAUAUUAUAUUAAAAAGGGAAAUCUAAAAUAGAACUAUUUAGGUAAAAAAAAAUCUAUAAGUUACAUGUUGGAAUUAGAAAAUCAUCAAAGCUAGAAUAUUGAAGCACAUCUUUAGUAACUGUUCAAGUUACCCUGCACUUCCAUUUUCAGACAAUCCCAUACUGUCAGUCUGCUGGCAUAAACCAAUGUUAAAGUGUGGGGGGAGAAGAAAGCACCAAGUGUUUGUUCACUUGCCAAAGUUUAACCAAGGUUAAUCAUUCACUAUGAUUUCUACUGUGAGGAAGUCGACAAAAACGACUUCAGUCUGGUUUGAAUCCUGUGAUUUGUUGUACAAUUCUCAGCGUCUGCGUUUUACAUUAAAAAGCGUCAACCUGUAUUGAUCUGUAGUCUAUGAAUGUAUCUGUUUCGGUAGAAUGUUGUCAGAACAACCAUCUUAAUCCCUGGGAUCCCUUUACCAAAGAGCUGGAUCAAGUCUGUCAGUCGUAGGCGCACACUAGUUUCUGGACUCAUUUCUAGGCAGCUUCUAUCAUCUCCACGAAAGCAAACGCUGUUUGAUUCUUCAGAAGACUGCACCAUUUUUUCUUUUUCUGAACGGGUGAAUCAACAAGAAUUGUCCUAAAAAGAAAAACCGGAGACAGAAAUAUUAAGUGCCCCGGUGUGUCUGCGAGAGCACGCCAUCCAUCACACCGAACACCGGUCUCAAGUGAUGGACGACAACCUCCCAACAUGUGACAAGGCCGCAGACCUGCUGGAAAAUGAUUUGGAAAUGCUCAAUAUAUUCAUUUCCCACUGCUUGGCUUUUCAAGCUUGAAAGCUGCAGACAAGUGUUCAUCCGCAUUGUCAAUAUACUGCAUUUAAAAAUAGGAAAGUAAAAAAGCCAAUUGUUUUCAUUUUUCCAGCUUCUGUGUUCAUCCAAUCACUUUUUAAAUAAUACAAAGAGGAAAAAAAACCAUCAAAACAGCUUUCUGUAUUAGAUUUUAGUGUUCAAAUGAAAUGAAUAGAGUUGUAUGUAUAAUGUUGUGUACCAAGAAAUACUGUAAGAUAAUAAAUUUAUUUACCUUUGA